UGCACAGCUUCACGGGUUUUUGGGGCUGCGGGGCUGUUCCGGGUGCGCGUUCUUUCCCCCCCGUGCGCUCCUAGCGGCUGCGCUGUUGAAACACACACACACACACAAAAAAGAAGAAGAGACAGGAAAGAAGGAUGUUGAAGUGACUUGUAGCACGUCUGUACUCUUCCAGCGCGGCAUCCCAGUCUCACCACAUGGGUCUUUCGGGAGCUGGUUCCCGAUAUAAUAAAACAACUUUUUUUGAGGGGGGGGGGAGGUGGGAGCGCACGGGAGUUGAAGGCUGGUUCCCAGUCAGAGUCUCUCAGCCGUGCCAUGUGUUGAACUGGUGAGACAUCGCGCAAGGCUUUUUUGAAAGGUGACGCGCGCGCGUGUCCCGAGGAACCGAGGACCUGCGGAGGAGACCCCGUCGGCGUCUCCGGUGGGGACGUACUGCCGCGUUUCCGAACCGUCCCCGGCUGCGCGCCUUGCGCCGCGGCGGCUUUCUCCGAGAGAUAAACGGACGUCGCGGAUGGACUCACGGGGCGCGCGGGGGUAACACUCAAGACACCGGGAGUUUUUGCUGGAUAUGAACACCCGGAGCGGCUCCGCGUGAUCCACCGUGAAAUGGAUCUUCUCACUUUGUGGACACUGAAACUGGCGUCUGUCAGGAACUGAUCGUUUCCAGAACUGUCAAAAAAAAAAUCCCGUGGCACACUUGCGCGUCUUUGGACAUAUAUUUUUUCCCGCAGUGAUUUCGAGGAUUUGCGCGGCCGCCGUGGAUGUUUAAUAUGCUAGUAUGGGUCCGCUAGCGUUCAUCCUUGUUGGCGGAUUGCUGCAUUUUCAAGUUGAUGGAUCCCGUCUGCGCCAAGAGGACUCCGCACCCCGGAUCGUGGAGCACCCCUCUGACCUGAUCGUGUCCAAGGGGGAGCCCGCCACUCUCAACUGCAAAGCGGAGGGGCGGCCGACCCCGACCGUGGAGUGGCACAAGGACGGCGAGCGCGUGGAAACGGACAAAGAUGACCCGCGUUCCCACCGCAUGCUGCUGCCCAGCGGCUCGCUCUUCUUCCUCCGCAUCGUCCACGGGCGGCGGAGCAAACCGGACGAGGGGGCCUACGUCUGCGUGGCCCGGAACUACCUGGGAGAGGCUGUGAGCCGCAACGCAUCGUUAGAAGUGGCAUUGCUGCGAGAUGACUUCAGACAGAACCCGACAGAUGUGGUGGUGGCAGCAGGAGAGCCAGCCAUCCUUGAGUGUGUUCCUCCCAGAGGCCAUCCUGAACCCACCAUCUACUGGAAGAAAGACAAAGUGCGAAUUGAUGACAAGGACGACAGGAUCACUAUUCGAGGAGGGAAGCUAAUGAUCUCAAACACGAGAAAGAGCGAUGCUGCCAUGUACAUCUGUGUGGGUACCAACAUGGUCGGAGAGAGGGACAGCGAGACGGCACAAGUCACAGUGUUUGAGCGACCGACCUUCCUCCGGAGGCCCAUCAAUCAGGUUGUCCUGGAGGAGGAGACGGUGGAGUUCCGAUGCCAAGUACAAGGAGACCCUCAGCCGAAUAUACGCUGGAGGAAAGACGACAUUGAUGUUCCCCGUGGGAGGUACGAGAUCAAAUACGACAAGGACGACUACGUGCUGCGAGUGAAGAAGGCUUCCGUCAACGACGAGGGCGCCUUCACCUGCGUGGCGGAGAACCGCGUGGGGAAGCUGGAGGCCUCCGCCACGCUCACUGUCAGAGCUGCUCCCCAGUUUGUCAUCCGCCCGAGGGACCAAAUUGUGUCUCAAGGCCGCACUGCCACCUUCCCGUGUGAAACUAAAGGAAAUCCUCAGCCUGCUGUUUUCUGGCAGAGGGAGGGAAGUCAGAAUUUGCUAUUUCCCAACCAACCUCAGCAGCCCAGCAGUCGCUUCUCGGUGUCACCCAGCGGAGACCUCACCAUCUCCUCUGUGCAGCGGGCAGAUGCUGGUUACUAUAUCUGCCAGGCCCUGACCGUUGCAGGCAGCAUCCUUGCCAAGGCUCAACUGGAAGUCACAGAUGUGCUCACUGACAGGCCGCCACCCAUCAUUCGCCAAGGCCCAUCCAAUCAGACACUGGGUGUGGAAAGCGUGGCACUGUUGAGGUGCCAGGCAUCUGGAGACCCCAUCCCCUCCAUCAGCUGGCGGAAGGAUGGGGUCAGUCUGCUGGGGAAGGACGCCCGUAUGUCCCUGCAGGGGCUCGGCAGCCUGCAGAUAAAGAACGUCAAGCUUUCAGACUCUGGGAUCUAUACAUGUGUGGCGACAAGCUCCAGCGGUGAGACAUCAUGGAGUGCAUUCUUGGAAGUCAAAGAAGCAGGUGGAGCAACGGUCCCAAAGAGCCACGAUGAGAAUGAGCUUCCAGGCUCACCAUCUAAACCUCAGGUCACAGAUGUCACCAAGAACAGCGUGUCCUUGUCCUGGCAGCCCGGGACAGCUGGAGCGUCCCCUGUCUCCUCAUUUGUCAUUGAAGCAUUCAGUCAAUCCGUGAGCAACAGCUGGCAAACCGUAGCAGAUCAUGUAAAAACCACCCAGUUUACCGUCAAAGGUCUCCGUCCCAACACCAUCUACUUGUUCAUGGUCCGAGCGGUCAACAGCCAGGGCCUGAGUGAUCCAAGCCCCAUGUCCGAUCCCGUCAGAACACAAGACAUAAGUCCUCCAGCCCAGGGUGUCGACCACAGGCACGUACAGAAGGAGCUUGGUGAGGUCAUGGUUCGGUUGCACGCGCCGGUUGUGCUGAGUCCCACAACAAUACAGGUCACGUGGACAGUGGAUCGUCAGUCUCAGUUCAUCCAGGGUUACAGAGUUCUGUACAGGCAGACAUCGGGCCUGCCUUCACCGGGACCCUGGCAGACCCAGGAUGUGAAGGUCCCUUCUGAACGCAGCGUCAUCCUCUCUGCGCUCAAAAAGGGCAUCGUGUAUGAGAUCAAGGUCCGUCCUUACUUCAACGAGUUUCAAGGCAUGGACGGUGAAUCCAGAACGGCCCGGACGACUGAAGAAGCUCCCAGUGCCCCUCCUCAGCAGGUAACGGUCCUGACAGUGGGAAACCAGAAUAGCACGUCCAUAAGCAUCUCCUGGGAUCCCCCGUCACCGGACCACCAGAACGGCAUCAUCCAAGAGUACAAGAUCUGGUGCCUGGGGAACGAGACACGCUUCCACGUGAAUAAGACCGUGGAUGCCGCCAUACGCUCGGUGGUGGUGGGCGGGCUGCAGGUGGGCGUGGUGUACCGCGUGGAGGUGGCUGCCAGCACAAGCGCAGGGGUUGGAGUCAAGAGUGAACCUCAGUCCAUUAUCAUCGGUAAGGAAUUCCGGGACGUGAUUAUACAUGGAAACCGUAACAACAGCAUCACAGAGCAGAUCACGGAUGUUGUGAAACAACCCGCCUUUAUCGCCGGCAUUGGAGGGGCCUGCUGGGUCAUUCUCAUGGGCUUCAGCAUCUGGCUCUACUGGAGGAGAAAGAAGCGAAAGGGCCUCAGCAACUACGCAGUUCAGUCCUUCACCUUCACCCCUGCAGUGACGUUCCAGAGAGUGGACGGUGGUUUGAUGAGCAAUGGAAGCCGGCCAGGCCUGCUGAAUUCCAGUGACCCGGGAUACCCCUGGUUAGCGGACUCUUGGCCUGCCACCAGCCUGCCUGUCAACAGCGGCUCCGGGGGACCCAAUGACUUGAGUAACUUUGGUCGAGGAGAUCUUCCCACUGGGCAAGGGGACAAGACGGGCACCAUGCUCUCGGAUGGAGCGAUCUACAGUAGUAUAGACUUCACCACCAAAGCCAACUACAACAGCCCUGGCCAAAUAUCCCAAGCAACUCCCUAUGCCACCACCCAGAUUCUCCACUCCAGCAGCAUCCACGAGCUGGCUGUGGAUUUGCCGGAGGCCCAGUGGAAGGCCUCACUCCAAGCUAAGCAGGAAAUGGCGAAUCUGGGAUACUCAUUGCCUGACAAGAACUCCUGCAACAACACCCUCCUUUUCAUUCCUGACUACCGAUUGGCCGAAGGAUUGUCUAAUAGAAUACCGCACAACCAAUCACAAGAUUUCAGCACCACCAGCUCUCACAACAGCUCAGAGCGAAGCGGCAGUCUCUCAGGUGGGAAGGGAGGGAAGAAGAAGAAGACCAAGAGCAGCUCCAAACCCACUAAAGCCAAUGGAUCCAACUGGGCCAACGUCCCCCUCCCCCCUCCCCCUGUUCACCCUCUCCCUGGCACUGAGAUGGACCAUUAUCCCAAUGAGCACCAUGACGGAGGAGGGUAUGAGAGUGAUGGUUGGGGCCCGCCCAUGCCCGUGCAGACCUAUCUUCACCAGGGUCUGGAGGAUGAGCUGGAGGAGGAGGAGAGGGUUCCCACCCCGCCCAUCCGAGGGGUCGCCUCCUCCCCAGCUGCUGUUUCCUUCGGUCAGCAGUCCACAGCCACCCUUACCCCUUCUCCUCGGGACGAGAUGCAGCCCAUGCUCCAGGCCCAUUUGGAUGAGCUGACCAGAGCAUACCAAAUGGACAUGGCAAAACAGACAUGGCACAUGCAGGUCGGCUCUCUGCCUCCCCUGGCUCCGGCUCCCCCAGUGGGCUACGUGUCGAGCACAAUGGUUUCUGACCUGGAGACUGACCUGCCUGAUGAGGAUGAGGAGGAGGAAGAGGAGGAGGAGGAGGAGGAUGAAGGCUACGGAGCCAGGCAUCCCCGCGGCAUUGAGCACACACCGGGGUCUAGCAUGGACAACCUGGACAGCUCUUUAACCGGGUCCAUGGUCAAUGGGUGGGGUUCGGCCUCGGAGGAUGACCGUAAUUUCUCCAGCCAUAGGUCCAGUUUGGGUAGUUCGUCUGAUGGCUCCAUCUUUACGCACUGCAGUUUUGCCCAGGCCCUGGUGGCCGCUGCAGACAAGGCAGGCUACCGCCUGGAGGGCACCAGCCUCAGCAAGAGAGGUAAAGGCUUGUCCCACAGGCCCCGGCCAAGCAGUCCAUUCUCAACAGAUGGCAGCACAGUCGGCACGCACAGCUUGGGCCACCAGAGGGCCACCAGACCCACACGCAAACCCCGAAGCCAGGGCACAGCCCCCCACCGGAGAGACGCUGGUGCAGACGACCUACCUCCUCCGCCUGAGCCUCCCCCCUGUCAGGGCCCGGGCCGCAUCCAGGGGGCCCGCAGUGUGAACAACAUGGUACCCCAAACAGAAAGGAAGGCUUCCUCUCUGGAGCGCCCGCCGAUGUCAGGACCCCUAUCGGGGCUGGAGGACAUGAAGAGCUCCGUGGACAGGCAGACGCGCACUUCUCUGGAACAUCAUCGCCACGUUCAGGACAGGCUGGGCUCCGUGGACCGAACUGAUGAUGGCCGCAGGGGACACAAAACAGAGGACGGGUGUCUGCCAUACAACAAGCCAUCCUUUCCCUCCCCGGGGGGCCAGAGCUCCUCCGGCACAGCCUCCUCCAAGGGCUCGACGGGGCCACGCAAGGCCGAGGGUCCACGGCAGCCACAACAGUGGACCGCCACAGAGCACGCUGAAUUCCUGGGGACCAAUGGACAGGGACAGUACUCAGGGGAGUUAUAGUGAUCUGCCUGCCAUGUGAACUGGAAACAACCUGGUCUUUCCUCAAAAGAAUGAGGCCCUCCUUCUCGGGGCAAUGAACAUUGUCCCUAUCUGUGUGUUCUCAGAGGGAAGGAUUGCAGUAGAGGAGACUACAGAGAAAAGCAGUGUCACAAAACUGUAAAUGUGAUGUAUAGACACAGACAUACUGUACAUCUCACUAUGUUUUUUGUCCUCAAGAAAAUAUUUUCCACCUCCUACCUUACUGUAAUUUUCUUUUUGUUAGAAAAAGGCAAGUAAACAAAAAAAAAAAAGAAAACAUCUAUACGAGAACACAUUUUCUGGUAAAUUCCUGUAAAUAUAUUCUUUAACUUGCUGUUGCAUUGCUAUGCAAGCCUAAUUUAGUUUGAGCUUUUAAUUUACAUAUACAGGAACAAUUGGUUUUAUCUGGUUAUUUGUAUUAUAUGUGAAUUGAGUGGCUAUUGUGCCAUACAAUAAUUGUUUUAUAAUCCAUUGUUUGUUAAUACUUACCAUUAAUUAUUAUCAUUAUUAUUAUUAUUAUUCUUAAUUAUUGUUUUUGCACUGCAAUUUUUGGUGAUAAGCACAAAAACAUAGCUCCUGCUGACAUGAAGAACCGGAAUAAUAUGUGAAGAGGAGUUUCUGUACUGUAAAGUAAAGAGAACAAAAUGAUAUACUAAUGUACAGAGAGAUAUUAAAGAGUACGGCUCUGCUCACAGACGGCAAGAAAAAAGGCAUCCAUUCCCAUGGUGGAGACUAAUUACGUGGCAAACAGACGAGGUCCUUGAGGGUCUGAAGGGCAGAGAUGUACACAGAGGAUACUGUAUUACUGUAGGUGAUCAAGUUGAUUAUUUCAUUUCUAAAUAGCUGUCCUAAAUCAGUAUUUUGGUUUUAGAAAUAUUCAGUUGACAAUGCUUUUGGGAAACUCGAGGCUUUGCUGUCUUCAGAGACAAGUGUCUACGCGUCGUCAUGAUUACUGCCAAAUGAUCGAACCGCUCUUGAGUGUGCGCUCCUCGUUCUGGAUAACUAACAGCACACAAACCAUGAAACAGCUAAAAGCCAGGAGGAACCAGUGAACCCUGUCCUUGCGCUGUACUUCAUUCAUAGAACAGAUUCUUCAUUCUUCUGUAGCCUUAAUAGGCAAGCAGACAUCACAAAGGAGUAUUUAUUGGGAUGAGUAGCAAUGACACGAUCAAACCUGCUAAAAUAUCAGUGGAGUAUAAUUUGUUUACAUCUUUUUUAUUUGGAAUUUCCCGUUCCAUCAUUUUAAUAUUGUUUGCUUUUAAAGCACUUACUGUUUUAUGUUAGUCAAAUGAUCUGUGGUACAGUAUCAUCCAAGAAAACAACAAAUUUACCCGUCUGGGCCAGCUAAGUGCCGUUAAUAUUGGGUAUUCUAUUAGUGUAGUUGUUGCUGUAAAGGUUGGUGGUUCAGUUACCGAUACACUAUAGUCAGCACAGCCUUGUGUCAAGAACUUUGAGAAGAAAUGGUGUGUGUGUGUGUGUGUCCGAUUUACAACGGAGCUUAGGAGUCACUGUUUGAUCCCAAAAAGUGACAAUGGAGAAAAGCCUUGAUUAUUAACUAGCAGGCCUCACUGCCUCCAUGUCUACAGCCAGAGUGUGAAGCAGAACCCUUUGGUUCUGCCUCACCGCCACAAAACACACACUUGUCAUCCGCCGCUUCCGACUUCUCAGCCUCUGAAUCUCAAUUGCUUUUUGUCUUUGAGACAAUGUUUUUAUUGGUUGUCCUUUUUUUAAUGAAAAGCUUGUUCCUUUGUAUGCCUUUUAUGGACUCCAAAACGCUGCUUACAACAAUGUUUUCAAUAUAAUUGUUCAGGAUUUUUGUGGUAAACUGACUGUUUGUUUUGUCUUUUUUUGUACUGCUAAUAUUGAUAAAUGGGGGGUGGAAGGCCGUCAGAUGCUGUUUUGCUGUUGUCGUCAUGCCAUUGUCAUUUUAUAUCAUCCACCCAGGGGCCAGUCUUCUGGAAAUGAGGUGCGAAGAGUAUCUCAGGUUAUUUUACAUUCUGGUGGUGUUUAUGUAUGUAUAUAUAUAUAUGUGUAUAUAUCCAUAUGCAUCUCCACCUGAUUAUUCCAUUCCAUUUUCAUUGACAAGAAUAUCCCUCGCUUAUGUCCGACUCUGUCGUUCCCAAUUUUCUUCUCCUGCAGUGGAUUUUAAGUAUAAUGUGCUGGUUCAUCCACCUUAAGACAAGAUGUCAGUAAAAGAACAUACCAAAUUAAGAUUGAUAUUUCUAAUGUCUAAUGCGUUUUAGUGUCUCUUUAAUACUCAUUGUCUUCUUUUGAAUCACAGUGUCGUUUUGUAUUUAUUAAAAUGAUAAUAAAAGUAUAUUGUGAAAUAUGCAUAAAGAUUGGUGGAAUAUAAUAUGUGUUUUUUCGUUCCUUGUAAAGUUGGCCGCCGGAGCCGAGCAGCGAGGCCAUAAGCAGACGAUAGGCACACUGUGCUCACAGCACGAUGAAAGGCCGGGUCAGUAGUCGUCUGAGUCACUCUUCGUCCUGCAUGUUCACCGCACUGCUCUUCUCAUGUCCAAACUAAAGCAACUUAAGACCUUAUCGGACACAAGGAGCAAAAACGCUCACAAUUUGCUUGUCAAGACAAUAGAGAAAAUGUCUUUUUGGAAGGAUGAAAGUACUUUGGCUUUCCCUCUCUUUUGUUCAUUUUCUCAAUAUUGUUGAUUCUUUGUAGCCUAUCUGUGUGUUGCCUUUUUGCUAUAAAAGAUUAAAAAUGAUGACAAAAAGA